GCAGCUCUCAAAGCGACCAAACUUCAGCUGACAACACUUUCAGUAACUCAUCUUUAAUUCGUCCAGUCUUCCAAAUGUUGCGCUCCUUCCUCCUAGAAGCGGGCGCUGGUGGUUUUGGCUGAUAGAGACGCUGGCAGGAAACUUUAACUUCUUUUUUUCUUUUUCUUUUUUUGGUGGGGGGUCAGUCACCUGCGAAGAGAGGACUUAACUUAAACAAGGAUUUAUGUUAAAGUUAAAUCCACAGAAAAGUCACUCUUCUGUGGUUUUCAUUUCACAGAGGAAAUAAACAAAAGAGGAUGUUAUUUUUUCUCUAAAGGUAAAAAAGCAAAGUUCCGCUUUCAAACAGGCAAUACAGAACACCUGCUCAGUGUGGCCAACAAAAGAGGGAAGGAAAGAGGAAAGUACCGUUAUCAUUAUCUGCUGCCGGCUUCUGCUUCCUACUGUGAACACAUGUAUGCCGAGAAAGUAGUAACGGAUGGAAAGAUGGGGAGCAGGGGGAUCUCUCUGACCUGUGUGCUGACCCCCUGGCGGCUGAUCGGGGUGUGCGUAACUGUCAUGAUCCUGGGAGCCGUUGGAGCUGCUGUUUGGGCCGUAGUCACAUAUUGCACAACGGAAGAAGAGACCGGGCUGUAUGAUGUUCAGGUAAACUCCCCUGACCAGCGUCUCAGAAUCUUUGACUCCGCCCAGAGAAGAUGGCGUCAGGUGUGUUCCUCGUCAGCCAAUGAGCUCCUCGCUAGCAUCAGUUGUGAAGAGGUUGGGUUUGUCAGUGUGGUGAACUACUCGGUGGCUGCAGUGCCGGAGGGCAGUGGGGAUGUUGGAGAUUUCUUCUGCGUUCGACAGGAAGAACUCAGCUUUGGCAAAAAAAUCAAGGAUUCACUAUAUCCAUGCAACUGUGAGAGCAGGGAAGUUCUCACACUGCUGUGCCAAGACUGUGGCCGGCGCAGUUUUGCUGCAGACCGUAUAGUUGGGGGUGUGGACGCGCGGCAGGGCAGCUGGCCCUGGCAGGUCAGCUUGCAGUAUGACGGUGUUCAUCAGUGUGGUGGAUCCAUCAUCUCCAACCACUGGAUUGUUUCUGCAGCUCACUGCUUCCCAGAGCGUUAUCGAUUUGUCAAUCGGUGGCGUGUGCUGCUGGGCUCCAUCUACAACAAACCAGUCAAUGCCAACGUUGCAGAAGUGAAGACCAUAGUUUACCACAGCAGCUACCUGCCCUUUGUCGAUGCUAACAUCGAUGACAACAGCAGAGACAUCGCUGUCCUGGCUCUUGCACAGCCUCUUACUUUCAGCGAAAAUAUCCAGCCUGUCUGUCUGCCCGCAUACGGUCAAAGGCUUAUAGAUGGACAGGUGGGGACAGUAACAGGCUGGGGGAACAUUGGCUACUAUGGGGGUCUUGCAGAUGUUCUCCAGGAAGCAAAUGUUCCCAUCAUUAGUGACGUUGUCUGUAACGGCCCUGAUUACUAUGACAACCAAAUCACCACCAGCAUGUUCUGUGCUGGUUAUGAAAAAGGAGGCAUUGACGCCUGCCAGGGAGACAGUGGGGGUCCUUUUGUUGCCACUGACUGUCUGUCAAAGACAAGUCGCUAUCGUCUGCUGGGAGUGGUGAGCUGGGGAACGGGCUGUGCCAUGGCUAAAAAACCUGGCGUCUAUACCAGAGUGUCACGAUUUCUGCCCUGGAUUUCGACAGCCAUGAGGAACUUUCACAACAUUCCAGGGGUUCAUAAAAUGGCCCGAAUAUGAAGUUUCUGCCUACUGAAUUGCAAUAUGGACAGUUUUGAUGAUUAUACUGUGACUUCAGACGGAUGAAAGGAUGUGAUCUAGUCUUUAUUUGUUGUUCUCACUAAAGUAUUUUAUUGGGAAUUAAAAAAUGAACAUCCUAUCAAAAGUGUAAAGAAGUUUUAGACUCAUCAGAAAAAGAAUGAAAUGACUUGGCCAACCUAGCUGCUAUUGAGUUUUAAAGAGAUACUGAGGUCAAAGAGGAAACGCUGAGUCAAAGUCAUAUUUCUGCUUUUUGCCUUGUACUUUGCAGAAAUAGGAUGGUAUUAUUUUCUUCAGGUUUUUUUGAAGAGUUAAAAAACACAGAAAUAAAUUGUUAAUUAUAGCUAUACUUUUAUGUUUAAAGCACAAGCUUUCCUGACAACAUUUUAUUGAUUCUAGGUUAAUAAAAUCUUUUUGCAGCAUUUUUAUCAGUUUGUCUUCAGUGCCAGAUUUCCUGCAGAUAUGACAAAUUCUAAGUAUAACUGCCACAAAAUUGCAGGAUAUGGAAAAUGCUAAGUAUUAGAGAUUGAGCAGUACAAACUGAUUUGAAAAAAAAAUAAUAUAAAUAAUAAAUAAUAUUAAUAAUCCAAAGUUAAAACUGAUAAUAACUUUUGUCAUACUUUCUCCUCUUUUUAUAUAUAAUAGUUUGUCUCAUGAAAACUCACUAUCUCAUUCAGUAAAAUCGUAUAAUUGUGAAGGUUUCUCAUAUUCCAGUCAUUGGGUUGUAAAUAGUCAAUAUCUUAUUUAGGUACAUUUAAAUGUCAGACAUGUUUGAAAGAUCCACACAUCAUUCAAAGCAGUAACUCUCACAUUCUCAUUAUACAGUUUCUUGUUUUUCUGUGUGACUUCACUGUUUUCAACACAUAAUCUACAUCCCCACAUUAACAAGCAUCAUGUUGAGUCAUGUGGAAAACUGAGGAUUAUUAUUAACCAUCACUGUCAUUCUUAAUAAUUGAUGACAUGAUAGCUUUGCUGGAUUUUCAUUAACUGCUGCAGUUGGCCCUCAACUCAUCGUCUUACUCGUAAAGUGGCCUUUUUCGGAUAAAAAGUCUAUGUAAACACGGGCAGGUAGAGGUCAAUCACAACCAUAGAAGUUUCAGGGAAUAGACAUUGGAUAACAUAGUUCAGGCGUGGGUCAGAGAAGGGGGCAGACAAAUGGAGUCGGAGCAGAAUCAGAGUCAAGAAAUGAGAAUGUCAGGUCAGAAUAAUAACGCUCGGUAAAGCAGACAAAAUGGCACAAACAAGACUUCGCAUUGAACGCUGCUUAAGGCUCAGAUGGAUGGUUGCUAAUGGGAUUCAGGUUAGCGGCAUCCGGGGACUGCGCGCUAAGGCAUCUGGGAGAUGUAGUGAGUCAACAGGGACAAGAGGGGGAGGUAGAGCACUGACUCCUGACAAUGCAUAUCUAUGCAAGUUUUUACGACCGUUUUUGAACUCUACGUUUAAAACUUGUGGCCAUUGAACACAUGUUGCUAGUUAACCCAGGUAGAAUUUUGAUUAAUCAGGGACUUGGAUUUGGUAGUCACAUAGCAUCCUUUUUAAUUAACUGAAGUGACAGCCGUUUGAAAAUUGAUCAUGAAGGAGACAUUUAUAAUUGGAGUUUGUGCCUGGCUGGAAUACUAUGACACCAAGUCUUUCAUGCUGGGAAAUAGCCUGAUUCACAAGAUUUGCACCACUUCGAUAUUUUUGACCCAGCCUUUUACGAAUGUAGGUGACGAACAUGUGCUAGUAAACACUAGAAAAAGCCCGGUGUGUCCAUAGCUUCACAGGUGAUUACUAAAUAGAUUUGAUCUUCCUUAAAAAUCUUCCCUUUCCAUUGCUUGGUAAACGUUAGUACUGACAGUGAAAUUACUUUUUCACAUGACUUACAUAAACAAAGCUACUGUAUAAUAGGUUUUAUAAAAUAUACUAUUUUCUGUACAAAUACAACAUGAUUAAAAUAAAAUAAUGUAUAAACAAUAAAAACACAAAUAUGAACAAUUGGGUUAUUGAUUUCAUGUUUAAUAAAGAUGGUUCCUGAUUUCUUAAGUUUAAGUUGCAGUGGCAUCUUCUCAUGUCACCUCUCUUUACAUUUCUUUCUAUACAAUAACUAAUCAGAACAUGUUUUUAUACUGUUUAGAAAUAAAAAAUAAACCAAAGGCACAACAUUGUAAACAAAAUACUGUAGUUAUUGUAUGUUUUUGCUGUUGAUGUGAACACUACAAAGUUUGGAGUCUCUUGGCUAAAGAGAAUGUAAUGCAAUUUAAAGAUUUUUAGUAAAAAAAAAAAAAAAAGUAAAAGAAAACAGUUGAUUAUUGCAAAUUACUUUCCAUACCAGCAGAUCAGUCAUUGUUUGUUUAUAGCUAUUAGAUGAACAUGGUAAAUACAUAAACAAUGGAAAUUGAAUCCUGUUAAUAAAAAAACAUUUUUUGGACAAA